GUUCCGAGAGGGCGGGGUGCAUCUCAAACGGAAGGUGGUGGUUGUUGGUGCCGAAGCUGGUUUGAAACUGGGGGUCGGGCCUGGCCGUCGUUGUUUGUUGCUGCAGCCCCGCUUCCGGGCUAGGCCGUUCCAGCCCGCCCCCUCCCCGCCUCCCUUCGGACCCCUGAGUUCCAGGCCCGGCUCCUCGCCUGAGUCGCGCCCCUCCCGCCUCAGCCCGUUGUGGACUCGGCCCGCACUGCGGCCCCGCCGCCACCAUGUCCCUGCACGGCAAACGGAAGGAGAUCUACAAGUAUGAAGCGCCCUGGACCGUCUACGCCAUGAACUGGAGUGUGCGGCCCGACAAGCGCUUUCGCUUGGCUCUGGGCAGCUUCGUGGAGGAGUACAACAACAAGGUUCAGCUUGUUGGUUUAGAUGAGGAGAGUUCGGAGUUUAUUUGCCGGAAUACCUUUGACCACCCAUAUCCUACCACAAAGCUCAUGUGGAUCCCUGACACAAAAGGCGUCUAUCCAGACCUACUGGCAACAAGUGGUGACUAUCUGCGCGUGUGGAGGGUUGGUGAAACGGAGACCAGGCUGGAAUGUUUGCUAAACAAUAACAAGAACUCUGAUUUCUGUGCUCCACUGACCUCCUUUGACUGGAAUGAGGUGGAUCCUUAUCUUUUAGGCACCUCAAGCAUUGAUACAACUUGCACCAUCUGGGGGCUGGAGACAGGGCAGGUAUUGGGGCGAGUGAAUCUUGUGUCUGGCCAUGUGAAGACCCAGCUGAUCGCCCAUGACAAAGAGGUCUAUGAUAUUGCAUUUAGCCGGGCUGGAGGUGGCAGAGACAUGUUUGCCUCUGUGGGCGCUGAUGGCUCGGUGCGGAUGUUUGACCUCCGCCAUCUAGAACACAGUACCAUCAUUUACGAAGACCCGCAGCAUCACCCGCUGCUUCGCCUCUGCUGGAACAAGCAGGACCCUAACUACCUGGCUACCAUGGCCAUGGAUGGAAUGGAGGUGGUGAUUCUGGAUGUCCGAGUUCCCUGCACACCUGUUGCCAGGUUAAAUAACCACCGAGCAUGUGUCAAUGGCAUUGCUUGGGCCCCACAUUCAUCUUGCCACAUCUGCACUGCAGCGGAUGACCAUCAAGCUCUCAUCUGGGACAUCCAGCAAAUGCCCCGGGCCAUCGAGGACCCUAUCCUGGCCUACACAGCCGAAGGAGAGAUCAACAAUGUGCAGUGGGCAUCUACUCAGCCCGACUGGAUUGCCAUCUGCUACAACAACUGCCUGGAGAUACUCAGAGUGUAGUGUCAGUGGCUCGGUGCCCACGAGGCAGGGGCUUGUGUGCUUCCCGCCUCUGCCCCACCCCCAAAGUAAGAAGAAAUAUGUUUCCGGUGGCCAGUAUGUCUUUCGUUGCUUUGCACCCACUGUUACCAGAAGCUGCUCUAAGAGUUCCUGGCCAGUUACCCAUCGCUCUCUGUGCCAGACUCAGUGCUGUGUGGCGCCUCCUCAGCCCAGGGCUGAGUUUUAAGGUUUUCUCUCCUUUCCUCUUCUCUUUUGGUUCCUCAAUUAAAAAUUUCUGUAUAUUUGUUUGUCAGUUGUCAUGUUAAUGAGCAGUCAAGCACUAGCUAUGUUUGUAUUCAUCUGCCCCAGAUGUCUCCGUCUGUUUGCUGCCCAAGGCAGCAGCCCAUGUCUUGUCCACGUCCAUGUCCGUGUUAGCACUUACGUUUACGUGGGAACAAAUACCAAUUUGAAGUUGUCUGUCCUCCUAGCAUCGAUGUCUUUAACAAACUUCAACUUUGUAUAUUUUUUAUCAGGCUAAUUUUUUUAUGAAAA